AUGCCUGCAUCAGAUCAGCCUAAGGAGGAUCUGAUAGAGCAGAAAUGCUUACUGGAAAAAUACACACACCGCUCUUGUAACAAAGUCUUCUGCCAGCCGUGGCAGAAGUGUAUCGAUGGAACCUGUGUCUGCAAACUCCCUUACCAGUGCCCAAGGAAGGGUGCCCCAGUGUGCGCCACUAACGGAAGGAGCUACCCGACGUACUGUCACCAGAAGAGUUUUGAAUGUCUUAACCCAGGGACAAAGUUUUCAAACAAUGGAACGUGCACAUCGGAAGGAAAUUUUAAUGUUUCCUUACAUUAUGGAAGCACAACUACAGAGGGAAUUGUUCAAGUCAAACUUGUGGACCAAGACAAGAAUAUGUUCAUAUGUAAAAACAGCUGGGGAAUAACAGAAGCCAACGUGGUCUGCUUUGACCUUGGAGUUCCACAGGGUGCUCUUGGCAUACAAAGAAGGUUUAUCAUACCCGGAGACCUCCGUAUAAACACCACCGAGUGCCUGCACGUACGUUGCCGAGGAGACGAGACCAGCUUGGCAGAGUGUACCUUUACCAAAGGAAGAACUACCAGUUACCGGGCCUUAGCAGGUGUGGUGUGUUACACAGAGGACGCAGAUUCUCCAACCAGCCAGUCUUUCCAGUGCGUGAAUGGGAAGCACAUUCCUCAGGGGAAAGCCUGCAAUGGCGUCAAUGAUUGUGGAGAUCAAAGUGACGAGCUGUGUUGCAAAGGUUGCCAAGGUAAAGCUUUCUUUUGUAAGUCCGGAGUUUGUAUUCCAAACCAAUAUAAGUGCAAUGGUGAAGUGGACUGCAUUACCGGAGAAGAUGAGAGUGGCUGCGGAGAAGGCAGACGUCCUAAAAUUCAUAAAGGCCUUGGACGUUCAGAUCCAGGAGGGGAAACUGAAGAAAUAGAAGUCUUGACUCCUGAUAUGGACUCAGAAAGAAAACGGAUAAAGUCCUUAUUACCUAAACUAUCCUGUGGAGUCAAAAGAAACACACACACUCGAAGAAAGAGAGUGAUUGGAGGGCAGCCAGCGAAGGUGGGAGACUACCCAUGGCAGGUGGCAAUUAAGGAUGGCGAAAAAAUCACCUGUGGGGGAGUUUAUAUCGGUAGCUGUUGGGUUCUGACCGCUGCACAUUGUGUCAGACCUAGUAAAUUUCACCAAUACCAAGUAUGGACGGCAUUAUUAGACUGGCUAAAACCCAACUCUGAGUUGGAAGUUCAGACAGUGCAGAGAGUUAUUGUUCACGAAAAGUACAAUGGAUCUACCUACCAAAACGACAUCGCUUUGAUUGAACUGAAAAAAUCUGUGGGCAAGAAAGACUGUGAGCUCUCCAAGUCUAUCCCUGCCUGUGUCCCAUGGUCUCCAUAUCUAUUCCAACCGAAUGACACAUGCAUCAUCUCCGGGUGGGGUCGAGAGAAGGAUAACCAAAAGGUGUACUCGCUUAGGUGGGGCAAAGUUAAGCUACUAGACAACUGCUCUCAGUUUUACUCGAAUCGCUACUAUGAAAAGGAAAUGCUGUGUGCAGGUACUGACGAUGGGUCCAUCGAUGCCUGCAAAGGAGAUUCUGGAGGCCCUUUGGUCUGCGAGGACAUCAACAAUGUGACUUACAUUUGGGGCAUCGUGAGCUGGGGCGAGAACUGUGGGAGGCCAGAGUUCCCAGGGGUUUACACCAGAGUGGCCAAUUACUUUGACUGGAUCAGCUAUCACGUGGGAAGGUCCCUUAUUUCCCAACACAAUGUCUGAAGUGAUGACCUCCUCCUCCUC